UUGUUAAACUAUGUUAUUUUGUGAUGCUAUUUAAACGUCUAGCAAACGUUAGCAUUUGGACGAGAAAGGUUUCCUUUUGAAUCUAUCUAAAUUUCACGCAUAUCGCUUCAGUAUAUAAACUAGAAACAUGCAUCAAGUGUUAAUCAAUAUACUGUUUGUGUCAAGUGUCAUCGUCAUCGUAACGGGUUGUAAACCAGGUGAAUAUCUGAGCGAGUUCAUAGAUUGGAAUUGCCAUCCAUGUCCAAAGAAAUUGAAAAAUUGCAAAAUCAAGGACGGGAUGCAGAUAGAUGCUAUAAAGCAUGCAGAGGAUUGCUUUCGACUAGUAUAUUCCCGUCAACGACCACCUCCGCGACAACUAUCGACUUGACACUGUCCAGAGUAAUAAACGCGACAACGACGAUUGCCUUCAUUAAUCCAACGAGCACAAUACAUAUGGCCUGGAAAAAAAUUCACCAUCAGUUACCAGGAAAUACCUCGAGUGAGACGAGUAAUAAGACGGUAACUCUUUUCACGACAAAACGGACUGUGAUUGAGAGUUCGAGUCAACGAGGUUUUUGGAAAAACUCGUGGGUACCUCCUACAUUUGCUUGCCUGGUUGUAAUUGUCACUGCAGCUUUAGGGGUCAUUCUCAAGUUGUUCGUUUGUAAACGUGGUAAAAACAAACAGAUCAAUGAAGGGCAAAAUGUCCUGAUGGCUUCAAGCAGUGAUGGAAGUCAAAUUGCCUCGCCUGGAAAAGCCACAUCCCAUGUCAUGGACUUGCAUGAAAAUCUAACAAAUAAAUUCUUCGAAGGAUCACAUUAAAGUUGAAUGGAUUUCAUCAAGACUCGUAAAUAUCAUAAUUAAAUAUUUAAGUUUCAACGAGAAGUCUAUUUAGACGUACAUACAUUUGCGUAUUUCAUGUUUUCCAUUUUUUGCCAGACAAGAAAAAACCACUUUAGUAAUACAGCAUCUGUAUAUUACGAGCCCUGAUUUUUCUGAAACUUCGUCAAUUACCGAAAAAUAAAACAUACAAAAAAAUUUUUACAUUUAGAAAAAUAAAAUUCACAAAAAAUAAUAUAAAAAUCGAAAAAAACAAAAAAGAGCAUGCAUUAUUGACUUUAUUUACGUUCAAAAAUUUCUAUUAAUUUGUUACACUUCGUUUUUGUUUGAAUUAUGAAAUUUCAAUUUUUUGGUAGAAUUUUGUAGUAACCUAUUAAGGGUUGUUGAAAUAUUAGCGUUUUUACGUUACAGACGUUAUUUUACAUUGUCUUUCAAAAGAAAUAGCAACUUAAUAAGACGAAAAAUUUCUAUAAAAAAUGUUAUAAAAAUCGUAAAAAUAAAAAAAGAUAUCACAGUUUCGAUAAUUUGAUUAGUUCGGAUAAAUAAUUGAAUUGUUUGUUUAUGUUUAAUUUGCCAUAUUUACUAUUUGUUUCAGCUGAGAAAUUUAAUUUUUGUGGUAGAAUUUUGACAUGUAAGUAAUCUAAUAACGAUUGUUGAAAUAUUUGCGUUCAUACUUUACAGAGGUUAUUUUAUAUUGUCUUUUUCAUAAAUUAAAAGAUCACAUGGACAAGUCGUGCCAUAGAUAAUUGUUGGAUGAUAUUGAACUUGCCUUGAUGUCCAUUUGAAAUUACAUUUGUGCCCUAUGAGAUUGAUAAUCAUAUAAUGAAAACUGUCGUGAAUACUUUCCCUAAAUGCAACGCACAUUCAAUCAUUUGGUAAUUCGUAUAUUCAUUCUCACUUACUUUUUUCGUAUCUUGACUAUCUCUGCAGUUUAAUUCAAGCGAGCAGGAUUAGAUACUACGUCGAUUGUUGAACCGGUAUAGCCUGGAGGGAACGGUAAUGGAAAAUUUUAAACUUGUACACAGCAAUCUAAGAUCAAACUUAAGAGAAAAUUGUGUUUUUCAUUCUUGUUGAAUUAUUGAUUUUCUUUUUUAAAAAACUUUUAAAGGACCAGCGCCCAAUACCUGUUUAGGUAAUUUGCUUUCAGCUAAAGUCUAAAUAAAAAUAAAAAAAGUUUCUGUGUCUCUAUAGUCUUCAGCGAAGAUAUGCAAUCGUUUAUGGCACGCCUUCCUGUGUGAUUACCAAAAAAUUAUCUUAUAGUUUGUAUAUAGUUUUUGACGAAACUUAUCUAUUAUCUAUUUUUACAGUGCCAAAGGCACAUAAUUAUGUAAUCUGACUGCAUAGGUGACACCUCGAUCUCCUGGAACAUUCAUCGUGAAUAUGUACGUUGAGAUAAAUUGAGGAGUGUUAAUUUUUCGAAUAUGUUUUCACCAUACAAUCUGAAACAUUUCAAACAAAAUUUUGCAGCAUCUGUAGUACUUUUUGACGCUUACAUAACGUUUUAAGAUUUUGUAUUUUGUUUUGUGACAUUGAAGAAAAAUUAAAGUAAUACUACGUUUUCAGCAGCUAACCAGAGAGACGUUUGCUGUCACCUAUGUAGUUGGAGCAAUGAGAAUAAUAUAAGGCAUGCAGCAUGUCAAUAUAUUGUUUGAAAAAUACUAUUAUAUUUAUAAAUUUGAUUUAUUUUAUUUGGUUUUGUAAUUGCAGAGAUGUUAUAUAGUUUGAUGGAAAGACUUUUUUCUUAAUGUCGUUUUAGUUGUGUACAUGCUUUGUUGCUACCAAAUUUGGCACGAUUUGUAUGUUUACUUAAAAUUUUUUAUUAUAUGUCACAUGCAAACUUCAAUAAAAUCCCUAAAGUUACAAAUCAAAA